UGCAUUAUAAACCCUAAACUGAUACAGAUCUAAGCCCUCUCUUGGUCUGCAGUAUUCGCUUUUUUCAAACGCGACAUUGUAGCCGCGGCGGACUCCUCCAAAAUUCCCUCGCGGCCAUCAGUUUCCUCCUAAGGGAAGUAGACAUGGCCGAUCAGGUUCGACAUCCCACCAUCCAUCAGAAGGUUGCUGGUCAGCUCUCCCUUCAGUCUGGGGUUGCUUCAGGUUUCCGAGCUUGUGAUGAUGGCUUCAGGAACCCUGCACUUUACCAGAGACGUGCAUCAAUCAGCAAUUAUUCAAAUGCUGCUUUUCAAUACCCUGCUGUGCAAUCCUGCGUUGCUACAACUGAUCUUUCUAGGGUUGCCUCUACUGCCUCCCCCAUUUUUGUUGCGGCCCCUGCUGAGAAAGGAAACUUUAUGCUUGAUUUUCUCAUGGGUGGUGUCUCUGCCGCUGUAUCCAAGACUGCCGCUGCCCCAAUUGAACGUGUCAAGCUCUUAAUUCAAAACCAGGACGAGAUGAUUAAAGCUGGACGUCUGUCUGAGCCAUACAAGGGUAUUGGUGAUUGUUUCAAGCGUACAAUCCAAGAUGAGGGUUUUGGUUCAUUGUGGAGAGGAAACACUGCCAAUGUUAUCCGUUAUUUCCCCACUCAAGCAUUGAACUUUGCAUUUAAAGAUUACUUCAAGAGGCUGUUCAACUUCAAGAAAGAUAGAGAUGGUUACUGGAAAUGGUUUGCUGGUAACCUGGCAUCAGGUGGUGCAGCUGGUGCCUCAUCCCUUCUUUUCGUUUACUCUCUUGACUAUGCUCGUACCCGAUUGGCAAAUGAUGCCAAAGCUGCGAAGAAAGGUGGUGGAGGAAGGCAAUUCAAUGGACUGGUUGAUGUUUACAGGAAGACAUUGCAGUCCGAUGGUAUUGCUGGUCUUUACCGUGGAUUUAACAUUUCUUGUGUUGGUAUCAUCGUGUACCGUGGUCUAUACUUCGGAAUGUACGAUUCCUUGAAGCCCGUUCUUUUGACCGGAAAGUUGCAGGAUAGCUUCUUCGCUAGUUUCGCCCUUGGUUGGCUGAUCACCAACGGUGCUGGGCUUGCAUCAUACCCAAUUGACACUGUUCGUAGAAGAAUGAUGAUGACAUCUGGUGAAGCAGUGAAGUACAAGAGCUCAUUGGAUGCCUUCUCUCAAAUCUUGAAGAACGAGGGUGCGAAGUCUCUGUUCAAGGGUGCCGGAGCUAACAUCCUCCGUGCCGUUGCUGGUGCUGGUGUGCUCGCUGGUUACGACAAGUUGCAGGUUAUCGUGUUCGGAAAGAAAUACGGAUCCGGUGGCGGCUAAGGCGGGCCGUGUCCUCCGUAGUUGGGUUCAGUUUUCAAAGAUUUGGACUUUUUUCCGGCGAUUUAUUUUCGUUUAAUAAUUUAGUUUUGAGGGAGUAAUUCCCGAACUCAAUUUAAUAUCUCCGUUUAAAGGGCUAUAAUUUAGUUUUGGACUGAGAUCAUCCUGAGUUUUUAGAUGUGUUUUAGAAUCUCAAAAUAAUUUCUCGGACAACAUAAUGGAAUUUUAUUCUGUUUUUUUUUUU